GUCGGGGGCGGCGGUGGCGGCAGGCCGGGCGGCUCCGGCUCCGGCUCCGAGCGUCGGCGGCCAUGGGACCGGACGGCGAGGCCGGGCCGCACUCCGGCUCCACCGUCAUCUCGAUCGUGCUGCCCGACCGGACCGGUGGCCCGGCCGGGCCCGAGAAGGCCGCGCUCGGCCCCCUCUCCGGGGACGGGGUGAAGAUGUUCCGGGAGAGGGCCGACCACCGGUGGACGGGCACCGAGCGGCGGCCCAGGUCGGCCGGCAUCACCGUCGACCAGCUCAGCAUCACCGGCAUGGCGCUCGUCUUCAACCCGGCGGCGUUCUGGCUGCGGCGCGCCAUCUGGCUGACCAUCAUCGUCUGCCUGCUGGUGUGGCUGUGCGUCCAGCUGCGCCUGUGCGUGCUGCGCCUCACCGAGGGCGGCACCGUGCGCACCUGGUCCCGCCGCACCGUCACGGACAUCCCGCUGCCGGCCGUCACCGUCUGCCACGGCAACCGGUUCAAGAAGAGCGUCGUACUGCGCCACCAGCCGGCCGGGGCGGCCAGCUGGCCCAGCUGGCACCGGCUCGGCUACCAGACACUCAACUGGAGCUCGUUCGACGGACUCGACCAGUUCUACGCGGAGGCCUCGUACGGCUGGGACGACAUGGUGUUCUUUUGCAUGGUGAACGGGAGCAACUGCACCGACGUUGGGACGCUUGCCUCCGCACCGACCCUUCUCAACGGCCAGUGCACCACCUUCAACACCAACGUCACGGUCACCAGGCGGCUGGUCAGCGCUCAGCUCAUGCUGGGGUUUCAUGAGCUUGAGCCGCUGGACGAAUUUGAGCACAACGGCUGGCACGUAUACCUUCAUCCACAGGACGUGCACUUCAACGACUUUCUCUUCCUCUCGGGGCUGACCGCCUCGGUGAAGGUCUUCGGGAACCGGCUGCACGAGGUGAAGGUAUUCCGGCGUGUCACGGAGGCCCUUCCCAACGGCGAGGGCAAGGGGUGCAGCACUAAGCGCGACGCGUUGUACGCCCAACAGCAGUGCCUGGGCUCCUGCAUGAUGGAGAGUAUGACAGCGGGCGCGCCGCCGUCGGCCGACCAGGGGCCACCCUGCUCUGUGCCCUGGGUGCCCCGGACCGCGUACCCACCCGACACGACCUCGUGUGCCACGAUGGAGGAGCUCAGCGCCGCCUCCAUGGACACGCACCAGGGCGUGGACGAGACAGCGUUCCUGUCGUGGACGGCCGAGUGCCUGUGCGCACCGCCCUGCCGCGCCGACCAGUACCAGCUGGAGGAGCACGAAAAGUGGCACGCGGAGGAGACCAGCAUCUACCUGUCGUUCCCGGAGGCGCGCAACGCCACCAUCGGAGCCGUGAUGUUGAGGCUCUCUGACGUCGAGGAGCUCGUGGCCGAGCGCGAGGCGUACUCGGCGGACGCGUUCAUCUCCGACGUCGGCGGCAACCUGGGCCUCAUGCUCGGCGGAUCGCUGCUCACCUUCGUCGAGAUCGUCGACUGCGUCAUCGCCUCCUGCCUGUCGCGUCGAGAUAAGAGAGCCAGAGUCAUGUCCUAAAUGAGGUCAACAGGAGAGAGCAAGAGUCAUGUCCCGAAUACCUUCAGCAGAAGGGAAUCAUAGUCAUGUCCCAGAGAGAGUCAUGGGUCAUGUCCUGACUCCUGAAUGCCGUCGGGGCUGCGCAGUUUCACUGAGCAGGACUCUAACGGAAGCUUGCGGAAUCCGAAUAAUUGAAAUCUUGAAAAUACGAAACGGAAAGAAGUAAUGUGAUCGGCAAGCAUAUCCGAAACGCUAAGAUAUCUUAUAGACAAGUUGGACUUGCUACCCAGCCCCGGCUUUCGGUCUGCGCCUUAUCGGCUGUCAAAAUGAAUAAUACAACGUAAUGUAAUGUGAUAAAGUGACGCUUCCAACUGUGAUGAAAGUUGUGUAUGUGUGCAGUAUUUACAUAUAUGCACAUCGCACAUUUGGCCAGCUUUUGUGCACCUCCUGUCGUGUCUGCACGUAAAAAGAACCUGCAGUAGGUUACAUCAUUAUGUCAUGUAGUAGUUAUUUGAAGAGAUCUCGCAGGUGAUUAAGAUCUGCUCCAGCAACACAUUUUUUUCGUGUGCUUUAAAAUACAUAUGUGGCCUAUUUCGGCACUUGAUUCUUU